GGGGCGGGAGGAGGAGGUUGUCUGGGGUCUGAGGGGGGACGCGGCCGCCAUGUCGGUGCCGCUGCCGCUGCCGCUGCCGCUGCCGGCGGCGCUCGGGGACGGCCCCGAGGCGAAGGGAGCGGAGCCGCCGGAGCCGCUGGAGCUGCUGGAGCUGUGCGGGGCCUGCCGGGAGCGGCUCAGCCCCCAGCGGGAGCCGCGGCUGCUGCCCUGCCUGCACUCCGUGUGCCGGGGCUGCCUCGGGGCCGCGCCGGGAGCCUCCGGCGGCGACGGGCAGGUGUUUGACUGCCCCGUGUGCCACCAGCAGUGUCCCCUGGGUGACAUCAUGGAGAACUUCUUCCUGCAGGAGAGCGUGGCUGGGACAGCCCUGGGCCAGGGCAGCGGGCAGAGCUGCACCAGCUGCGAGGACAACGCAGCAGCCACCAGCUUCUGCCUGGAGUGCGCGGAGCCGCUGUGUGACACCUGCGUGGACGCGCAUCAGAGGGUCAGGUACACCCGGGACCACACCGUGCGGGCCUUGGGCGGGGCGGGGCCGCGGGCGGGGCCGGGGCCGUGCCCGGCGCACCCGGCGGAGCCGCUGUCGCUGUUCUGCAGCGCCUGCGACGCCCUCACCUGCCGCCACUGCCAGCUGGGCGCCCACCGCGACCACCCCUCCCAGCUCCUGGAGGACGCCGUCCGGCAGCAGCGCUCGGUGCUGGCCGCGCUGGUGCAGCGCCUGGGGAACAAACACGCCGUGCUGCAGCGCUCCACCAGGGAGCUGCGUGGUUUUAUCCGGCGGGUGACGGACGUGCAGCAGCGCGUGCAGGUGGAGGUGAAGAUGGCCAUCCUGCAGAUCAUGAAGGAGCUCAACAAGCGCGGCAAGGUGCUGGUCAGCGACGCCCAGCGGGUGACAGAGGGGCAGCAGGAGCGGCUGCAGCGGCAGCACCGCGCCCUGAGCCGGGCGCAGCGGCAGCAGGAGCACGUCCUGCGCUUCGCGGCGCGCGCCCUCGACGGCCCCCAUGGCACCGCCCUGCUGCUCUCCAGGAGGCUGAUCCACUCGCAGCUGCUGCGGCUGCUCCGGGUGGUGGUGGAGCCCCCGGAGCCACAGGGGGACAUGAAAUUCCAGUGGAACCCGCAGGCCUGGACCAAGAGCGCCGAGAGCUUCGGCACCAUCAUUUCGGAGCAUCCCCUCCCCCCCUCGCUGAGCCCCCCCCCCUCGCUGAGCCCCCCUGCUGCCAGCCCCCAGGACCCCUCCCCUGCCUUGCAGGGCCACCCCCAGGCCACGGUGGUCAGUGGGGGACAGGUGACCCCUGAGCUGCUCCUGCAGGAGCAGGAGCCCCCCUGGGCCCCCCUGUGUGGGGCUGAGGGGCUGGAGUGUCCCCCCCAGCUGUCCCCCCCCUCACCUGGACCUGCAGCUGGCCGAGACCCCCGAGGGGGACACGGCGGGACACCCCUGACACGGCGUUUGUCACCAGCCGCCAGCCCCUCUGAGAACGCCGACACCGGAGUGAAGAGGACAAAACCCGGGAGUUCUCCCAGGGAGGAGAAGUUCGUUAAGAAGCUGCUCAUUAAGCGGAGGGGCCCCCCCGGGGCCCAGGGCAGCCCCCGGCUCCCCAAGGUGCCGCGGGUGAGCCUGGAGCGCCUGGAGCUGGACUUGGAGCUGGACCCGGCGCAGCCGCCCGUGUUCCGCAUCUUCCCGGGGCCCUCGGCCGAGGAGUUCAGCGUCAUCGUCAUCGAGCAGGGGACAGCAGGGACAGCAGAGACAGCAGAGACAGAGGGGACAGCGGGGACAGCGACGAUGGCGCAGCCACACGGAGCCCUCCCUGUCAAGGAGGAGCAGCAGGAGUCGCCCAUUGGGGACACCGGGGACACCAAACCCGUGGGGCUGCUUCCCCCUCCCCCACAGGAGCUGGGCCCCGUUCCGGGCUCCUCCCCUGGCCCGGGGCUCCCGGUGGUCCCGGCGGGGCUCCCGGGGGUCCCGGCGGGGCUCCCGGGGGUCCCGGCGGUCUCGUGCUGCCGCGUGUGCGGCCAGGCCGGGGCCGUGGUGAUGUGUGACCGCUGCCAGCGCUGCUUCCACCUGCACUGCCACCUGCCCGCCCUGCAGGACGUGCCCAGCCCCGAAUGGACGUGUUUGCUGUGCCAGGAGCUGCCCCCGCCCAGCCCAGAGGCAGAGCAGGGCCCUCCCCACAAGCUGAGCCCCCAGGACCAGCAGAGGUGCGAGUUCGUCCUGCUGGAGCUGCUGUGCCACGAGCCCUGCCGGCCCCUGCAGCGCCUCUCCAGCUCAUUGGACGGCCGCGACGCCAUCGACCUGACGCUGAUGCGGGCGCGGCUGCAGGAGAAGCUGAGCCCGCACUACCGCAGCCCCGAGGAGUUUGCCCGCGACGGCUGGCAACUGCUGCGGCAGUUCCACCGCCUCACCGAGGACAAGGCAGAUGUCCAGUCCAUCCUGGGGCUGCAGCGUUUCCUCGAGAGCCGCCUGAGCGCCGUUUUCGGGGACGAGAAAUUCUCGCGGCUCCUGGUGGAUCCCGAGGAUCCGCUGGAGCUGUCUCCAGGCUCCUGAUCCCCCCCUCCUGGGGGGCUGAAACCCCUUCCAGGACCUCGGUUUCCCCCACCUCCCUCUCAUGGUUCCGGUUCCCUCCCGGGUCCUGCCCCAGGACCUUCCAGGACCUGGGGAUGUCCCUGAGCCCCGUUAC